CCUCUAGUGGCGAGUUGACUUGUAAGUUUCUAUUUAAUGUUUGUUUAUGUUUCGCUUUCGUGUAAACAGUUUUAUUCGCGUAAACUCUUAUUUAAUAAGUAUUCAAAAUUAUCUUAAAAAUGUAAAACUUUGUGAUUUUAGUGGUUCAUUUGAUGUUUUUCCUGUGUGUCAAUUGUAUCUAGUUUCAAGUCUAUUCUGUGUUUUUUGUUCGUAACGUGUACAAUGUCAGAGGCCGAGCUUCGGACGAUGAUACUGAACUUUAGAGUUAGUGACUUGGUGGUUUUGCUUUCAUUUGCUGGGCGAAAUAAAAGUGGAAAGAAACAGGAAUUACAGAGUCGUGCUUUGGAUUUACUAAAAUUAAAAUCUUCUGCUGUGCAACAUAAAAUUCAAGAGCUUCACAAUCGCAGAUAUAAUAACCAACUAGUUGCUAGACCCAGUAAUUAUGACAUGCUCGAAAGGCCUCAUAGUGAUCGGCCCCCUCAUCACUACGACAGUCACGUCAAUAGUAGUUACCCCAACCAUUAUAACACGAAUGUUAGACCACCAGUAAGCCAACAUCCUAGUACUGGUUACCCAGUGGCAAAAUCAUACAUACCACCACCGCCUCUCUCCAGUUCUAACUCUAUUCCACAUUAUUCUUCAUAUGUUGAUGUUAAGUUCAAAGAUUUGCCAUUUUUUGAUGUACUGUAUGAAAUUCAGAAACCUUCUAACCUUGUGAACUCUACAAAUGAUCGGUAUCAAGAAACUACUUUUUAUUUUACAUUAACAUCGCAACAAGCCAAUGAUAUUGCAUUGUCUCGUAAUGCAAGUGGUAAUUAUGACUGUCAAAUUUUACUUCGCUUUUGUCUAUCAGAGUCUGCUACUGAACAAGAAGAUAACUUUCCUCCAAGCAUUUGUGUUAAAGUCAAUGGAAAGCUCGUGCCAUUACCCAAUCCAAUACCAACAAACAGACCUGGUGUAGAACCAAAACGCCCUAGCAAGCCAGUUAAUAUAACUGCGCUUUCAAAACUUGCACCUUCAAUUACGAAUAUGAUUACUAUUUCGUGGUCUUUUACCUAUGGGAGAUCGUAUGUUUUUGGUAUAUACGUUGCCAAACAACUCACAUCUAGUACUUUAUUGUAUCGCUUAAAAAGCGCUGGUAUUAGGAAUGCUGAAUAUACAACUGCGAUGAUUCGCGAAAAACUGCAGGAAGGGCAGGAUUGUGAAAUAGCUACAACAAGCCUGCGUGGAUCGUUGUUAUGUCCUCUCGGUAAAAUUAAAAUGGAGUUACCUUGUCGUGCUACGACCUGCACCCAUAUCCAGUGUUUCGACGCAUCACUGUACAUUCAGAUGAAUGAGAAAAAACCAAAGUGGAUUUGUCCGGUGUGCGACAAAUCAGCACUCUUUAAAACGUUGGUUCUAGAUGGAUUAUUUAUGGACAUUUCUUCUAGAGUGUCACCAGAGGUAACUGAAGUGCAAUUUAAUGAAGAUGGCUCUUGGACUCCAAUAAUGCCAAAGAAAGAGGUCAAAGAAACUCCAAAAGCUUCUGAAGAGAGCGGUGCGAAAAAGAAAACAAAAUCUGUAGAAAUCGUUGAUCUAUCAGACAAUGACAGUGAAGAGGAAGCAUGGAAUAAAUCUCUUUCUAAAGAGACUACUAAAGACUUACAAACACCAGCAACACCAAAAUCAGCCACACCUCCUCUAAUAUUUUUAUCACCAGACACUCCUGUGACCACUUCUAAUUCGUACAUCCCAACGUCCACCAAUCGCCUUAGUCCAUAUCCAGAAUCUUUAGCAGUAUCAAAUAUUAUGAGUGACACCUACGAUCCUUUAUGUAUCUUGCCAGAUUCAUCAGUACCAUCUACCUCAUCUACUAGUUCUGGCUUGAGUACUCCACAAUACCCAAUUAUCCCUUAUCUCGAUAAUCCAUACAGUUCAUAUAAUGACCAAAUCGAGACUAACGAGAAUCAGUCUGCUUACAAUAACUUUGACUUUUUCUCAUUGUUGAAUACUCCUGAAGGAGAACUAGAUAAAGGAAAAGACAGUGAUCGAGUACAUAGUACACCUGAUGUCAUUUCAUUAGAUUAAUUGGUGUUCAUUACAGAUUUUUUUUAAAAAAAUACUCUAGGUGCUUUGCAGAGGCUUAAAGUAUUAGUUCUGUAUGUUGUUUGGCAACAUUUAAUCAUACACAAACUUCUAUGUUUUAUUUUAAUUGAUCGAACUCUUUAAGUUCAACAUGGUGCUUUAAGUACCCUAGAAAAAUGUCAAGGUAUAUUAUUUAAAUGUUAUAAUACAAUAUGAUUUGGAUGUUCUUAAUACUCGUUUGAUUUUGUAAAGAUUUACUCUUGAUUUUCCUUAAUUUUAAGAACAAAAAUAUUUAAAGGGAGAGCAAAUAGAAAGCUGGCGUGAAGUUAAACACUACUACAAUAAUUAGUAUCAACUUAAUAGGUACUACAGUAAUUAAUUUAUUAGGUUUAAAACUACUAUAUAUCUAUUAUGUCUUUCUUGGUAAACGUGGUACAAUAAUUUGAGUAUUAAAAACACCAUGUAAUUUGUUCGCCUUCUUUUGGCAACUGUAUUCGUUAUAAAUAUUGCAAUUUUAUUUGCUGAUUGUCUUUCCCUUUUUAUUAGCACAGAACUUUGUAUUCAUAAAAUAUGAACUUGGACUUUUUAACAAAAAUUUAGUAUGUUCAACAUUUAUAUGUUUCUAAAUUUUGUACAUUUUGUUUCUAAAAAAAGCUUUAUGCCAGUUCUAUUAAGAUAAAUAUGGUUGUAAAAUAACUGUAGAUAUGUUAUUAUAUAAACCACAAGAAAUAUUAAGCCAUAAAACGAUCAAGAGUAAUCCAGAUGUCGAGAUAUCAUGUAAUUCGAGUUGUAUAUUCAAUCUUAUUAAUUUAUUCUAAAUAAUUUUUUAAAGCAUUCCAGAAGUUCUGAGUUACAUUUGAUUAAGUAGUUAUUGUUUAAUAUCCUUGGAGAUUACCAAAGAAAAACUAAUUAUUUUAUAAUUUGCUGAAUGUACAUAAUUUAUUUGUUUGUUUGAUUGUUCAAGCCUAAAUCUUAUGAUGAGAUUUAGGCAUUCAUUAAUGUCACUUUUAAUGUGAAUGACAAAUUCAUUAGUAUAUAUGAAAAGAUAUAGUAUUUUAAUUUUUUAUUUCUUUUUUUAUUACUUUGAACUCUUAUAAAUUUAUCUGUAUUAAAUUAUGAGUGUUGAAUUUCACAUGAUUUAUAGAUUUUAAUUUAACAGCUUAAAUGACUGUAGAAAAUUAAUAAAACAAAAAUAAAUUGUAAAAAGA